GCACCACCACCACCCGCCGCCCCACGCGCCGGGCCCAGGUCCGGCACAUGCGGCCCCGGCCGCCGGCUGCUGCGCCCUCACCGCCGCCCACAACAUAGGCCGGCCGCACCCCGCCGCGCUGCUCCCCGCCAGCAUGCUGGUAGCGUGCGCGGGCUGCGACAAGCCCAUCCUGGACAAGUUCCUGCUCAACGUGCUGGAGCGCACGUGGCACGCCGAGUGCGUGCGCUGCUUCGACUGCCACGGCAACCUCACCGACAAGUGCUUCAGCCGCGAGGGCAAGCUCUUCUGCAGGAACGACUUCUACAGGCGCUACGGCACCAAGUGCGGCGGCUGCGCGCAGGGCAUCUCGCCGCAGGACCUGGUGCGCAAGGCGCGCGACAAGGUCUUCCACCUCAACUGCUUCACCUGCAUGGUGUGCCGCAAGCAGCUGUCCACCGGCGAGGAGCUGUACGUGCUCGACGACAACAAGUUCAUCUGCAAGGACGACUACAUGUCGGGCAAGACGCACCAGGACUCGCUGCUGGGGUCGGGCUCGGAGGACGAGGACGAGGAGUGCGAGCCGGGCGUGGGCGGCGCGGCAGCGCUCAAGGCGGGCGCGGGGGCGCCGCCGCCCGAGGCCAACAACAACGACAUGGUGGGCCCGCUGGUGGGCGGCGCGCCGCCGGGCCCGCUCGUGCCGCCCGCCGACGUCAAGCCGGGCCAGGACGACUCCGAGGACCAAGGCUCGCUGGACGGCGACCCGGAGACGCGCGACUCGCAGACGGAGAACAAAAGCCCCGACGACGGCAACUCGGGCUCGAAGCGGCGCGGCCCGCGCACCACCAUCAAGGCCAAGCAGCUCGAGAUCCUCAAGACGGCCUUCUCGCAGACGCCCAAGCCCACGCGGCACAUCCGCGAGCAGCUCGCCAAGGAGACCGGCCUGCCCAUGCGCGUCAUUCAGGUGUGGUUCCAGAACAAGCGCAGCAAGGAGCGGCGGCUGAAGCAGCUGACGUCGAUGGGCCGCGGGCCGUUCUUCGGCAGCUCGCGCAAGAUGCGCGGCUUCCCCAUGAACCUGAGCCCGGGCGCCGGCCUCGACGACCCGCCGCCCGGCUUCCCCUACUUCGCCGCCGACGGCAAAUUCGAGUUCGGCUACGGCGGGCCCGCCGGCUUCCACCACGAGUUCUUCCCCGGCCACCACCCGCACCAGGCGCAGCCGCUGCCCUUCGCCGGACCAGGCGGCCCCAUGGAGCAGGGCGGCCCCGGGCCCGGCCUGCCGCUCGCCGCGGAGUUCGCGGGGCUCAGCGCGGAGCCGCCCCCCGGCUUCCUGCCGCAGCCGCCGCCGCCCGCCGACCAGAUCCUCGCCCAGCAGCGCGCCAGCCCCGAGUUCAUCAGCUCGCAGGGAGGUUUCUCGGAGACACAGCAGAUGCAGAGUGAGGUGGUGUGGUGAUAGCGCCACCUGCAGAUAUACCCGCUCGUCGACGAGUCAGUAACGAGAAUAAGGACGACGGCGACGACUCCUGGUCACGCGUGAAGACGGACGCCAUCACCUCCGCUGCCUGCCUGUCAACCACCCUUCAGCUGGGAAAGGUCAGCGCGGCGCACCCACCAAUGCCGACUCGCGCUGCCCAGUGGUCACCGAGAACUCUCAGCGGGACACUGCGAGAACGACGACGGUUGUUGUGAGCCCUCCCCACGGACGGGACCUUCCCAAGAUUUGUGCCAUUUAACAAGAACCGCAACCCUUACAGUGCGCGACUGCGGAAAUUUCUGGUGUGACACUGCAAGAGAGGAAGUUAUCGGUGUAUGCUCCAGAUGUGUUCAGGUGCCAGUGUAAACUGGUUGGACAUACUGCCCGGCCGAGAAGAAUCCAUCCGAAUUUCCGUGUUACGAAAUAUCAUAAAUGGUCCUCGUAAAGAGACUGUCUUUUGGCUGGUGAUAUUUUGGAGGGUGAAGAUAGUGAAUAACCAUCCGAUGGCUGCAAUGUUCUGAUUGUCAAAGAAGACUCCAAGUGCAGAAAUGUCCUGUUCCAGAUAUGACGGGUACUGUCCAGUUUUCGACGCCGACUGAUGUCCUAACCGAACGAAAGUGAGCUGUUCUCAGUUCUUCUGUGCUGAACUCAAUUGUGAAUGACGGUGAAUCUCUGCAACAAUGUAACCGACAAAUUUAAUAUUGCGUGUUACUCCAGUAUAUGUACAUAAUGAACACUGUGCUGACAUUUUCAAGGUAACGGCAGUCCGUUAUAUACCGGUGUGAGCUUUUCCCCCCAGAACCUUAUCAGAAAGCGAGUGAUAAUACGUUUAUACUUUGUUUUCAUUAAUAUAAUAAUUGUUUAAGAGACAGCCGGCGAAAGCUUUCCCAGUAUGCAUCUGCUGUCGGGCAAGUUGCUGUGCGUGAGGAUGUGAGCUAUUCUCAAAUCAUACCAAUUAGCCGACAUCACACACCUUCCGACUGGCAAAUAGUGAGAAAAGUCGAAGACGAAACGAUAGAUACAAGCUCUGUGUGCGCAGUGUGCUCCGCUACGGUGCUAACUUUAAAUAUGUAGCGAUUGUAAAGAGUCCGAGCAGUUAACAGACGGCGUUUCGUGCAAAUACUCGCAACUGUCGUAAGCUGCCUAAUGUCUAUGAAUGGGAUAACUUUGUGGAAUGAAGGAAAAGUGACUAGAUUUGCGUUUAAAAAUAAACGGAUGUUAAGAGUUUAACGCUUUGAGAUAUUUAGGCUGCGGACUUUUUCCACUUCAGCAGAGCAAAAAAGUUGUUGAAUGCGAUAAUCUCUCCGUGUCGCAUCGUUUCGUUUCGCGCCAAUGCGCUACUGUGGAAGCUUUCUGCGAAAAGUGUAGAGCAAAGCCAGUGUUACGAUGAUGCUUAACUUGACCCAGUAUGUGUCACAUUUCCUAAUGUACAGUCAGUGUAAAUAACAAUAAGUAAAUCCGCAUUGUCCUCCUCUGUAGAUAAAACAGCUCUGUACUUCGCUAUAUAAAUAUAUAUAUAUAUAUACCAGAAAAUAUGUUAAAACCUGAAGAAAAAAUUAAGGAAUCACUACUUCUGUAGGUUUUGAAUGUAGCUGGCCUCAGAUAGCGUCGCGUACGUGUUGUUUUGUUGAGGGAAUAAAUGUAUGGAUGAACCACCCGCGCUGUUUCUUUUCUGGACGUUUGAUUGCUCUUGCUCACUCGAUGCUGUCACAUGGUGUCAAGAAAUGAAAACUCAAAGUAUAACACAGAAAAUUAUUCUAUCUGCCUUUGAAAUGCAGAGAUCGCGUUCAGAAAAUCACCACAAAAUCCAUGGGCAACAUCGGGUUCGCAAUUUGCAUUUUAUUUUGUAAAUUGUAACUGUUCCCUUGGAACGACAAUCCUGCACUUGAUAUAAAAAGAAGCUUAAAGAACGCACUCAUUGCCCCUGCUUCCUCCUUGUGAAGAAUUUAGUCACAAAUGUCGAAAGUUUUAAAAGUGUGAGGUAGAGUAAUUAAAACGGAAUGAUCACAUGGGUGCAUAUUUCCUCCCGUAAAGUAACUGCAUCAAGAUAGCAGCUAAUUGGUUCACAUAAUUUUGUAAAAUUCUCUCAACAGCUUCGAUAUGUUCUAAAACUUAUUUCAACGUCAUGCCGAAUGUUGAAUGUUAAA